AUGGCACGAGGGCAGCGACGCUCAACUCGCACUUCUGCUGCUGCCGCUGGUUCCAAACCAAAGUCUCCAGAAAACUCUCCGUUGUCAACAAGGUCUAAUACUCCGGAUGUAACCUCUGGACACCCCAGCGUAAACGAUGAGUCGCUCGAUUGUCCAGCUUGCACUCCGGAAUCCAGAGAGCACAAUUAUCGCAAGGAAAGCUGGAUUGAAUGCGACAGUUGCAAGACUUGGUAUCAUUGGAGGUGUGCAGGAAAUGGUGAAGAUGUAAAUAAUAUUGCUAAAUGGUAUUGUCAGCCUUGUAUCGGCGCAGACCAGACGAGGCAGAUCACUGUCAAGACUCCUGCUCGAAAGUCAUCUCGAAAGAAAACGCAACGCGAUUACGCGAAUCUUAAUUCGGGGCUGGGUUCUGAUCCUAAUCGUUGGAUGCGACUGCUUGAGGGAAAGGAAAUACGAGACGCUCCUUUUAAACGUAUGGAAGGGAGUGAGAUCAAUUUGGAGUGGUUGGAGGAUGAUGACGAAGCCAUGCUUGCGCCUAUCAUCAUAGAACGGCCAGAAGGUUUGGGGAUGAAGAUGCCACCCAAGGAUUUCACCGUUGACGAUGUUGCGGACCUUAUUGGAGAGAGUACACCGCUAGAAGUUAUAGAUGUUGCGUCUCAGACCACGGCUCAGGGAUGGACCUUGGGCAAAUGGGCGGAUUACUUUGAAAUGGAGCCUUCAAAGCGAGAGAAGAUUUUCAACGUGAUUUCGCUGGAGGUUUCGGGCACUAAAAUAUCUGACUUGGUCUUACCACCAAAAUUUGUGAGGGAUUUGGAUUGGGUGGAGAACUUUUGGCCGAGCACAAGGAAAGGCAGCCAUAUGUAUCCAAAGGUUCAGCUUUAUUGCCUCAUGGGCGUCGCAAGAGCCUGGACGGAUUGGCACAUCGAUUUUGCAGGUUCUUCAGUUUACUACCAUAUACUUCAGGGGUCAAAGGUAUUUUACUUCAUAAAGCCCACCACUGCCAACUUGGCUGCAUAUGAACGUUGGUCUGGAAGCGAGCUUCAAUACCAGUCUUGGCUAGGAGAUCUUGUAGAUGAAGUAUUCAAGGUCGUACUCACGCAAGGGAAUACUAUGAUAAUUCCAGCUGGGUGGAUACAUGCUGUCUACACUCCGGUUGACACAUUGGUUUUUGGUGGGAACUUUCUGCACACAUAUAAUGUGUCAACGCAAAUAAAAGUCAGGAACAUUGAGAUUGCCACACAAGUGCCAAAAAAAUUUCGAUUCCCGAUGUUUUCUCGACUAUGCUGGUAUGUGGGUGAUAAAUACCUCCGGGAUUUAAAAGCGCAUUCGAUGGGGAUUUUUUCUCCACGAAUCCUCGCAGGAAUCCAGGCGCUAGCAGACUUUUUAGUGUCAGAAGCUCGGGCACUUGAGCAGGGUUCAGAACAAGUGAAGAAGGAGGUUAAAGAUCAAAUACCAGUCGAUCGCGUAAAGGAUGGGCCUGCGAUGGCGAGGGAGCUGCGAUGGAGGGCGAGGCUAGCUGCAGGAUCAUCAAGCGACGAUGAGAGCUCGAAAGAUGUCACAAAUAUCUUCCCCUCAAACGGUGCGAAACGGAAGCGAGGGCAAUCCGAAGACUUUACAACAGAGGCACCCUUCAAAAACUUCAAGCCAAAAGUCUGGGAUGCCUUGAGUAAGACUAGCGAGGAGGGAGAAAGACGCAAAACAACGGGUCCUAAGCCCACAGAGGGCGAAGAGUGGACUGAACGGUGGCUUGGGGACGUUGAUGAAGGACAAGAUGGGGAAGAAGCAAGUGUUCAAAGUCGAAGGGAUGUUGUGGUAAAGGUGCGAAGGACAGGAAAGGGGCUGGAGCGGCAGCGUAUCGAGCGCGUUGUGGAAGAUUGGGAAUGGAAGGAGGAGGCGGGGAGAAUAAGUGAAUGA